CAGUACUUCAUAUGGACAUGGAGUACUUCUCCUCCAAGAACAUCGAUCAGAAAUUAUAUUGUUUUCAUUUACACCGAUUCCUGUGGCUUGUAACUAGCUCAUCAGAGGAAGGUAGAAGACUCCAAGGAGAUAAGAUUACAGAGACCACACCUUUCUUUUCACCCAACAUAACGGGCCACGUGUCCUCCUUAAACUCCUAGAGAAGUGCCACUUGUCCACCUUCUUCACCUCAACUCAACCAUAUAUCCCAAUUCCCAAUCUCCACUCCUCCCCCUGCGCUACCCUUUUAAAUAAUCUCCUAAUACGUCUUCCAUCUUUCCGUCUCAAGUUCCCGGGCCACCUGCAGAUCGAAAAGGAGAAAAAGGAAACUCGAGAAAAUCCUAACCCAAGCCUCUCAUCCAACCCAGAAAAUGUCGGGUGGGGUUGGUCCAACAUGCAAUGACAUUUGCCUUCCAAAAGAAGAAGAAAGUGAAGAGAAACAAAGCUACGAUGCAACUAAUUAUUCCUCAAAGACCAACACCAAAUACCCUACAACUCCGCGAAAAGCCGGCUUCCUCUCUUUCCGGCAACUCAACGCCCUCGCUGUCAUCAUCAUCUUCUCAGCCAGCGGCAUGGUAAGCCCUGAAGACUUUGCUUUCGUCUUCUUUUCCCUCUCCUAUAUCUACUUUAUGUCAAAGGUGGCAUUCCCAACGCCAACCCGGAAGGAACCCCCACCACUCGUCUUUACUACUCCUGAAAACAAGCUUCUUCGCCUCUACGUGUCUGUAGGUGCCAUCAUCGGUCUUUUUCUCCCUAUAGCAUACAUCUUUCACGGCAUCUUCGAGGGUGAUAAAGAAGGUAUCAAGGCGGCCACGCCGCAUGUUUUUCUUCUCACCAGUCAAGUAUUCAUGGAAGGAGUGGCAUUUUCGGACAGGUUCUCGUUGCCAAUACGUGCUUUUGUGCCGGUUUGCUAUAACGCAAGGAGGAUCUUUACGAUUGUGGACUGGCUGAGGAGCGAGGUCUCGAAGGUUGACGAGGAGUAUGGAGGGUCUAAAACGAGGUUGUAUGUUGGGACAGGGCUCGCUAUUGCCAAUUUGGCCUUCUGGUGCUUCAAUCUUUUUGGCUUCUUGCUGCCUGUCUAUCUUCCUAGAGCUUUCAAGGGAUAUUACUUAAAUAAAGUGUGAUCAGGGACUGAUGAAGAAAAUGAUGACGUUUAUUUUAAUUUAUUUACUGAAUGCUGCUAUGUGAUUGAUGAAGUUCUGUUUU